ACGAAAACACUAUCGAACUUGAGGGGCUGUCCUUUGCCUUGCAAUGGCGAUACUUACAAGCUCUGCAACUACACUUUUUAACAGAAACCCUAACUUUUUUCGUAACUCCACUACAUCACCCGUAAACUUCCAUUAUUCACAAUUUCACCCCUUAAAUUUGAGACCGCCGACUUUCGAAGCUCGAUUAUCACAUCAAUUCAAUCACACGCGUAGAAUUUACACUCAUUUUAAUAAAGCAACAGCAGAAUCUAAAUAUGACCUAAUUUAUCGUAAUCCGGCGCCGUUUUUGACGAAAUGCUUGAAUUCCGUGCGGAAUUUGAGGAAAAAAAUUGAACGAUUGGUUGUUACAGUGCUGGUUGUUACCUCUGUUUCUAUUGCGACGAGUACUAGCAAUGCUCCUGCUUGGGCGUUAAGUGAGGAAAAUCUGUUGUUCUUGGAGGCGUGGAGGACGAUUGAUCGGGCGUAUGUUGAUAAGAAUUUCAAUGGACAGAGUUGGUUUAAGUACAGAGAAAAUGCUCUGCGAAAUGAACCUAUGAAUAAUAGAGAAGAGACAUACAUGGCUAUAAGGAAGAUGCUUGCCACAUUGGGCGACCCUUUCACUCGUUUUCUAGAGCCGGAGAAAUUUAAGAGUUUGAGGUCUGGAACACAAGGUGCUGUAACAGGUGUAGGGCUAUCGAUAGGCUAUCCUACAGGUUCUGAUGGAUCACCAUCUGGACUUGUUGUCAUUUCUGCAUCUCCUGGGGGUCCUGCAAGUAGGGCUGGAAUCUUAUCUGGGGACAUGAUUUUGGCAAUAGAUGAUGCAAGUACGGAAAGCAUGGGAAUAUAUGAUGCAGCAGAUCGUCUGCAGGGACCCAAAGGCAGUUCAGUGGAAUUAACCAUUCGCAGUGGACCUGAAACAAAGCAUCUUGCUUUGACGAGAGAAAAGGUGUCUCUGAAUCCAGUGAAGUCAAGGUUCUGUGAAGUUUCUGGCUCAGGGAAGGAAUCUGCCAAAAUAGGCUAUAUUAAACUUACAACAUUCAACCAAAAUGCUUCAGCUGCUGUCAAGGAAGCUAUUGGCACUUUGAGGAGUAAUAACGUUGAUGCCUUUGUGUUAGACCUUCGAGACAAUAGUGGUGGCUCAUUUCCCGAAGGAAUUGAGAUUGCCAAGAUCUGGUUAGACAAAGGUGUCAUUGUGUAUAUUUGUGAUAGUCGUGGUGUUCGAGACAUAUAUGAUGCAGACGGAAAUGUUGCAAUUGCAGCUUCAGAGCCCCUAGCUGUACUGGUGAACAAGGGAACUGCAAGUGCAAGUGAAAUAUUGGCUGGUGCAUUGAAAGACAAUAAACGUGCGGUGCUCUUUGGAGAACCCACAUAUGGCAAAGGAAAGAUUCAAUCAGUUUUUCAGCUAUCUGAUGGCUCUGGCUUGGCUGUUACAGUUGCUCGUUAUGAGACGCCGGCGCAUACCGAUAUUGACAAGGUUGGUGUUAUUCCGGAUCAUCCGCUGCCAAAAUCGUUCCCAAAGGAUGAGGAGAGUUUUUGCGGCUGUCUCCAAGACACGACAUCGGCAUGUUAUGUCAACAAAGUGCAGCUAUUUGCAAGAUGACCCAUAAUUGAAGUGGUCGAUAGCCUGCCGCAAUAACAACCGAGUCUGUUGCUUGAAAUGGCUGCAGCAAGUGAAACCAGAGUAUUAUUUUGUGAAGACCAAGCUUGACGCUUUAAUCAAGGGAGUGGCCUACACUGUUCUUUAAGUUGCAUGUACAUUAGCUAAGGUCUUUAUUUGUAGAUAUAUGUUCAUUUUUUUAAAACUAAUAUGUCCAUUUUUCUUUUCUUUUUUUUAAACUUAUAUGUUCAUUUUAAUUUAUUCUUAAAUGUAAAAUAUUGCAAAUUGAAUUGGAA